CAGCCGACUAAAGCGUUCGGGGAGGAGAUGGUGCAUGAUUUUUUAUUACGCAUCGCUAAAAAGCGGGGAGAGAAGCUUCCCUCUGACGCGUUGUCCCGUUUGUUGAAAUGGGGGCAGAAACGCGGGAAUGUACAAACAGGGCCUUCAGCUACAGGACAUGCUGAAUCAGUUGUCCCAUUUGGCCGGUGAGAGCCAUCCCCCGCAGUCCCACACAUUGCGAGCCCUGAACCAGCCCGGCUUUCCUGUCACCAGUGAUGUUUGUACCCCAGAGUUCCGGGCGGAGUUCCCGGGGCAGGGUGAGAAGUUGCGGAAUAGGUUGAAAAGAAUGGUGGAGCCAGGCUUAUCUAACUUUGAAAGGACAUAUAGGAAAAAACUGCCGGAUAAGAUCCCUCCGGCGGAUGAUGUAGCUACCCCCUGUCCUCAUUGUGGUUUGUGGGGCUGCGCGAUUGGGUGCACUGGACGGGAUAACGUGUCCACGCACCGGCCACUGGAUGGCGCCAACCCGUUUGCUCCAAAGCCUCCGGCAUACUCAUCCGAUGUUUCCACCCUGCGACAUGCUUCGGACAAUAUCCCGGGCGGCUCGGGCCCCCCGGACCCCGUAAGGCGUUGGCACGGACUUAUUAGGGAAGCCCAUAUAGAGGGGGAAUUUGCGCCCGAGGCUUAUCCAGUAGUGACACCGGAUCCACAGGACCCCGCAGCACCGGACCUGCACUUAUUGUUUGUCACAGCCUAGACACCUGAUAAUGUGGUACUUCUAUUUGUUCGGACUCCUUAUUAUAGGAGCAGGGGUCUUUGUAUGUCCAAACUCUGUACCUUUUGUUAACCCACGACAAAAUGUUUGUAUCACCUGGGCGAACCAGACUGGCCAAGAAGCCCUUUUUGCUUGUCCAUGGCCACCCCAUCGGAUCCCUUUAGAACAUGUCUUAUUGGCUAUCCUUAUUUACACCCCAAUGGUUUUCGUGGAUAUUUAUG